CUGGUCCAUUCUGUCCCGUCGUCGAUCGAAAAUUUUGGGUUUAUUUUUCGAAAUCUCAGGCAUGGGAAUGGGAAUCUGGUAGCAAGUGGGAUCGGACACUUCCUGUCUUACUCAGCUGUGCUUCUUACUUUCUGUCAGUGGGGUGCGUUUCGUUGGGAUUUGUUAGAGAAGCGGCGUAAAAGGUGCACUCGUGUGCUGCUUCUGUAGUUUAAGCUCUUCGAUCGACGUGGUGUGGCCUCAAGAAGCUUGAUCUCGCAAGGUUCUGCCGUGAUUGAUCACAAAGUGACCAACUUUGCUUCCCAAGGUUUCUUCCUCCUCAGAUGGAGACAUUGGUUGUGGUUUCUCAGCAUCGGAAUCAAUGCUUCGGCAGAAGCAGGUCGCAGUUGUCCGAUCGAUUCGGCUCUGCUCCCUCGAGAGCCUUCAGAGGGAUUAACUGCCGGUCCUUUGAAUCCGGCACUGAUAUUCUAUGCUCACCUCCUUCAAGAGUUUCUUCAUUCAACAACCAUCCCGCACCCAAAUCUCCUUGCUUCUACCUGGAGCCACCUAAACGAAGUAGGAGGAGCAAGCCCAUUCCUAUAAACCCUCCACCUUCUCCUAAAGGAGCUACUUUUAAUGGUGAUUGCUCCUACUCUGAGCUAUGGGCAGGGCCUGCCUACUCGAACUCACCACCCCCGAGUUCUUUGCCAAUUCCUAGAUUUUCCCUUCGCCAGAAACGGAGCGUCUCCUUUGAGCUGCCCAUUCCUAAACCAGAGGUUUCUCUCCGAUCUAUAUCGAAGUCAGCCCCAUGUUCUCCCACCAGGGAGUCAACCUCUUCUGCCAAAGAUACUCUUCCCUACACCGCCACAGCCACCGCCACUGAGAAUUUGAGACGGAUUCUCCACUUGGAUAUUGCUGAUGACUGAUGGGACUGGAGGCAUUUGGGUUCUGUACAUAGUUGUAUUUUCGUUGGUUUUAGGCUUUAUCUCUGUAUAGCCAGUGCUGAAUCACUAGUUGGAAUCAUGAGAACUUAUAGGGACGCCUCAUUCUUUAACCUUGGUGGGUGAGGGGUUAGCUUGUUCGAAGAAAUGGAAGUGUAUGUGAAGGAAAGAAUUUGCAAAGGCUUGGAAGGAGUAAGAUGAUGGAGACUUCAGUAGUA